GGUAACAUAGGCGGAACCAAAGAGUUAAAGAUUUUGGUCGGUUCUCCAUUUUAACAGUUACCUCUUCCUCUCUCUAGCUUCUUGCUGUCCCAAAAUCCAGGGAAAGCAGACUCGAGAGCAGACCCAUAACUAGACUCCACGAAAGAACCAAGCUUUUCACCUUUUGGCGGAUCAAUUGGGAGAUCUGGGUAGAGCUCGGAGAAACAUAUAUACCCAGUUGAUUCAAGGAAACAUAGAAAAAGAUGAAUAUAUUCAGAUUAGCGGGAGAUAUGACGCAUUUGGCUAGUGUUCUUGUUUUGCUUCUCAAGAUCCACACUAUCAAGUCCUGUGCUGGUGUUUCCUUGAAGACUCAAGAACUCUAUGCUCUUGUCUUUGCUACCCGCUACUUGGAUAUCUUUGUUAGCUUCUACUCAGUUUAUAAUACCCUCAUGAAGUUGAUAUUCUUGGGUAGCUCUUUCUCAAUUGUUUGGUAUAUACGGCACCACAGGAUUGUUCGUAGAUCGUAUGAUAAGUCUCAAGACACAUUUCGCCAUCAUUUUCUUCUACUCCCUUGCCUGCUUUUGGCCCUGGUCAUCAAUGAGAAAUUCACUUUUAGAGAGGUGAUGUGGGCCUUUUCCAUAUAUUUGGAAGCAGUCGCCAUACUUCCUCAGCUGGUGCUGUUGCAAAGGACAAGAAAUAUUGACAACUUAACAGGCCAAUAUGUAGUCCUCCUCGGGGCAUAUCGAGCAUUGUACAUAUUGAAUUGGAUUUACCGCUACUUUACUGAGGAAGGCUUUGUCCACUGGAUAACUUGGAUGGCAGGGAUAAUCCAGACCUUACUCUAUGCUGAUUUCUUCUAUUAUUACUUCCAGAGUUGGAAGAACAAUGUAAAGCUCCAGUUGCCAGCUUGAAAACGCAUCUUACAUGAAUGGGUUGCAAUAGGACACUUGAAUCUAUGGAACCAAUAUUCUGAAUGUGGAUUAUUAUAUUGC